AUGUUUCAGAAGAAUAAGGAGGGCAAUAACAAGUCUGGACAGCAGAAUGACAAGGACAAGGGCAAGAGAUCUUUUGCCGGAUUAGGAGGACCCCAGCAGUGGGGUAAGGACUUUCAUCACCACCAGCAGGGCAAGUUCAAGAAGGGAGCACAACAUGACUCGAGAGCACCACCGCAGCGCAAGAUUCAGGGUGCAUGCUAUAACUGCAAUAAGAUCGGGCAUAAGGCCAAGGACUGUCGUAGUGCGCCAGCAGGAGGCCAGCAGGGUAGAGGCCAGGGCCAGCAGCAGAAUCGAGGACACGGUCAGCAGCAGAACCAUGGUCAGGGUCAGCAUCAGCAGGGCCGCGGUUACGGCCAGCAGCCACAGCAGAGGAUUCUGUUCCUAGGAUUGAGGGGCCAGUAG